AUGACUGGCUGGAGCUGCCUGGUGACAGGAGCAGGAGGGUUUCUGGGUCAGAGGAUCGUCCACCUGCUGGUCCAGGAGAAGGGGCUGCAGGAGAUCAGGAUCCUGGACAAGGUCUUCCAGCCAGAAGUGAAGGAGGAAUUUUCAAAGCUCCAGAACAAGACCAAGCUGACCAUGCUGGAAGGAGACAUUCUGGAUGAACAGUGCCUCAACACAGCCUGCCAGGGCGUCUCUGCUGUCAUCCACACUGCCUCUGUCAUUGACGUCACAGGUGUCAUUCACCAAGACACCAUUAUAGAUGUCAAUCUGAAAGGUACCCAGCUCCUGUUGCAGGCCUGUGUCCAAGCCAGUGUGCCGAUCUUCAUCUACACCAGCUCAUUGGUAGUAGCUGGACCCAACUCGUACAAGGAGAUCAUCAGGAAUGGCCACGAGGCAGAACACCACGAAAGUACAUGGUCUGAUCCAUACACAUACAGCAAAAAGUUGGCUGAGAAGUCAGUGCUGGCAGCCAAUGGGUACACUCUUAAAAAUGGCGGCACCUUGUACACUUGUGCCUUAAGGCCCAUGUACAUCUAUGGGGAAAGAAGCCCUAACACUAGUAGUAUUAUGCAUGAGUCCCUGAAGAACAAAGGGAUCCUGAUAAGUACCGGCAAGUUCUCCACAGUCAACCCAGUCUAUGUGGGCAACGUGGCAUGGGCUCACAUUCUGGCCGCGAGGGCACUACGGGACCCCAAGAAGGCCCCAAGCAUCCGAGGACAGUUCUACUACAUCUCAGAUGACACCCCUCACCAGAGCUAUGACAACCUCAACUACACCCUGAGCCAAAAGUGGGGCCUCUGCCUGGAUCCCAGACCGAGCCUCCCGCUACCUCUGCAGUACUGGCUCAGCUUCCUGCUGGAAGCAGUGAGCUUCCUGUUGACCCCAAUUUACAAAUAUAGACCCCCCUUCAACCGCUACUUGGUGACAUUAUCCAACAGUGUGUUCACCUUCUCCUACAAGAAAGCUCAGCAAGAUCUGGGGUAUGAGCCCCUCUUCAGUUGGGAGGAAGCCAAGCAGAGGACCAUGGAGUGGAUUGGUUCCCUGGUGGAACAGCACAGGGAGACCCUGAAGACCAAGACCCAGUGA